AUGCAUCAGCCUUUGAGUUUUCGUGAUCCUACUAAUCCCGAUCAUGUUUGUCUUCUUCAAAAGUCACUUUAUGGUGUUAAGCAGGCUCCAUGGGCCUGGUAUCAACGAUUUGCUGAUUUUGUGACAACUAUUGGUUUUGUUAACAGCAUUUCUGAUUCUUCUCUCUUUAUUUAUUGCCAUGGGUCCGACAUUGCCUAUCUUUUGUUAUAUGUGGAUGACAUUAUUCUUACUGCUUUAUCUGAUUUACUUCGUCAAUCUAUUAUGGAAAAAUUGAGUUCUGGGUUUGCUAUGAGGGACUUAGGUGUAUUUCUUUCUCAACACAAAUAUGCUACUGAGAUUCUUGAUAAAGCAAGCAUGUCUCAAUGCAAUCUUGCUCCUACUCUUGCUACUACUUCUAGUAAACUUUGUGCUGAUGCUGGUUCUCCUUAUGAUGAUCCUACUCUGUAUUGUAGCUUGGCUGGGGCUUUGCAGUAUCUCACUUUCACCCGACCGGAUAUUUGUUGUGCUGUUCAACAAGUCUGUCUUUUUAUGCAUGAUCCUGGGGUUGAACAUAUGACUGCCCUUCAUUGCAUUCUUCGAUAUGUCAACAGUACUCUUAAUCAUGGACUGCAACUAUAUAAAUCCUCCAUCUCUUCUCUAUUAUCAUACACUGAUGCUGAUUGGGGCGGUUGUCCUGACACCCGUCGUUCUACUUUUGGCUACUGUGUUUUUCUCGAUGAUACUUUGAUCUCUUGGUUUGCUAAGCGCCAACCUGCGGUUUCUAAGUCCAGUGCUAAGGCUGAAUAUCGUGGUGUGGCUAAUGUUGUUUCUGAGACAUGCUGGCAUCUUCACCAUCAACGCACUAAACAUAUUGGGAUGGACAUACAUUUUGUUCGGGAAAAAGUGCAACGUGGGGAUGUUCGUGUACUUCAUGUUCCAUCUCGAUAUCAAAUUGCCGAUGCUUUUACCAAGGGCCUUCCUCAGAUUCUCUUUGAUGAUUUUCGAUCCAGUCUCAAUGUUCGCAAACCUCCCGAUUCGACUGCGGGGUGUAUUAGAAUAGAACAUCUUUGA